CCAGUCCUCCCUCCCCUCCCCUCCAGCAUGGUGCUCGCGGCCCCGCUGCUGCUGGGCUUCCUGCUCCUCGCCCUGGAGCUGCGGCCCCGGGGGGAGGCGGCCGAGGGCCCCGCGGCGGCGGCGGCGGCGGUGGCGGUGGCGGCGGGGGCCGGGGGGGAGCGCUUGAGCCGGCCAGCCCCGUCCGUGGCGCCGGAGCCAGACGGUUGCCCCGUGUGCGUGUGGCGGCAGCACAGCCGCGAGCUGCGCCUGGAGAGCAUCAAGUCGCAGAUCCUGAGCAAACUGCGGCUCAAGGAGGCGCCCAACAUCAGCCGCGAGGUGGUGAAGCAGCUGCUGCCCAAGGCGCCGCCGCUGCAGCAGAUCCUGGACUUGCACGACUUCCAGGGCGACGCGCUGCAGCCCGAGGACUUCCUGGAGGAGGAUGAGUACCAUGCCACCACCGAGACCGUCAUUAGCAUGGCCCAAGAGACGGACCCUGCGGUGCAGACAGAUGGUAGCCCUCUCUGCUGCCAUUUCCACUUCAGCCCCAAGGUGAUGUUCACGAAGGUACUGAAGGCCCAGCUGUGGGUGUAUCUACGGCCCGUGCCGCGCCCCGCCACGGUCUACUUGCAGAUCUUGCGACUGAAACCCCUAACUGGGGAAGGGACCGCGGGGGGAGGGGGCGGAAGCCGGCGUCAUAUCCGUAUCCGCUCACUCAAGAUCGAGCUGCACUCGCGCUCAGGCCACUGGCAAAGCAUCGACUUCAAGCAGGUGCUACACAGCUGGUUCCGCCAACCGCAGAGCAACUGGGGCAUUGAGAUCAACGCCUUUGACCCCAGCGGCACAGAUCUGGCUGUCACCUCCCUGGGGCCAGGAGCUGAGGGGCUGCAUCCUUUCAUGGAGCUGCGAGUCCUUGAAAACACAAAACGGUCCCGGCGGAACCUGGGCCUGGACUGUGAUGAGCACUCAAGCGAGUCCCGCUGCUGCCGAUAUCCCCUCACAGUGGACUUCGAAGCUUUUGGCUGGGACUGGAUCAUUGCACCUAAGCGCUACAAGGCCAACUACUGCUCCGGCCAGUGCGAGUACAUGUUCAUGCAAAAGUAUCCACACACCCACUUGGUGCAACAGGCUAAUCCGAGAGGCUCUGCUGGGCCCUGCUGUACUCCCACCAAGAUGUCCCCAAUCAACAUGCUCUACUUCAAUGACAAGCAGCAGAUUAUCUACGGCAAGAUCCCUGGCAUGGUGGUGGAUCGCUGUGGCUGCUCCUAAGGUGGGGGACAGAGAUGCCUCCCCUCAGACCCUACCCCGAGACCCCCAGUCCUGACCCCCAGCCCCCCAGGCCCUAGAGCUCCCUCCACCUCUUCCCAUGAACAUCACACUUUGUUCCCUGCCCAAGCAGUGUGCAAUACAACAGAGGGAGGCAGGUGGUGGGUGAGGGGCUGAGGGUCUUGGGGAAGAGGGGAAGGAGGAGGCAUGGUCAGGGAGGGGACUGUUUGAGGUUUGCAGGUGAGAAGGUUUGGUGAGAAGACGAGAGAUGUAGAGACAGAGGUAGAGACAGCAGGAUAGAAAGAGGGACAAAAAGAGCAGCAGUGAGAAGGCAAAGGGAUAGAGAUGCAGAAGAGACAGGGAUUAGGCAGAGACAAACAGUGAGAAAGAGACUGAAAUGGAAUAGUAAGAGACAGCCUCACACCAAGCCUCCUCUCUUCCACUGGCAAGGUGAAGGGUUUGGUAUAGUUUGGGGAGAUCCCCUGACUACCAUUCUCAGUAAGAGAGGAAAUCAAAAAUCCAUACUUAACUUCUUCCCUCUCUCCCUCCAACAAUGGCCAGGGGGAGGGAAGUGAGGGCAGGGGCAAAAGUAAGGAUUUUGGAAUUUUAUUUAUUUAUUUAUUGUGACUUUUCAUUUUUUGGUAUUUGGCUUUACUGAAAUAGGAGGGCCCCUGCCCACUGUGCCCCAUUUGUCCCUUAUUCCCCAAACCUUCUCUCCCCCAAUACCCACCCACUUAAGCACUUGUAUAAAGCCUCUGGGGUUGGGAAUAGGAGUAGAGGGCAAGAGGGCUGACUUGGAAGUUUCCAACCCAAAAUCACCCUACACAACCUUCCUGAGUCAAACAGGUUGAACUGAAGCCAGUGACCAUGGGAACAGUAAGAGGUUAGGGUUUAGGAGCUAGGGGAAACGGGGAGCCCUCAAUAUCCAGGAUCUAUAUAAUGAGAGCCACUAAACUAACCCUCGGGCCCGCCCUCAUAGUAAUGAGUUAUUUAGCCAGAGGGUGUGGACUGCUUAUAUCCAAAUUCCCCUCAGCCAAGAGAGAGACCAAAGAGCCUGUGGAAUGCUCCUGCUCCCAGCCUCUAUCUUCAGGUCAAGAAAAAGGGGAGAUUAUAGAGAUCCCAGAGUCCCCUAGGUCUGGGUAAGGUUAGGAGGGGGUCAGGAAAGGAGUAACAAGGAGGCUGAAGGUUACAGGGCAUUUGAAUCCAAAUCACUGCUCUGGGCUAGAGAAUACAGCCAGCAGACCACAGGGGAAGGGAUUCUGGAAGGGGGGCAUUUUAGUUCCCCAACCCCAAAGCUCAGGGUGGAAGCAGGGAGAAUAAGGGAGCAGAGUGUCUAUAAUUAUUUUUAUCUUUUAUUUUUGGAAUUUAGCAGUACCUGGCAACAGGAGGGGGACAGUACAGUGGGGGAAAGCAUCUGACAAGGCCAGUUAGAGUGGAGGAUGGGAAAGAUGGAGAUUCCCUGGUUUGGAGGGCUAGGAAGCAGUCAGAGACUGAUUGCCACUCCAAGUCACUAGCUGGGCGUGUUCACUCCUCCCACAAUCCACACCCAUUCUCCUCUGGACUCGCUGUGUGCCUCAGUUUCUUCCCCUCGAUGGAAAAAAAAUAGCACCCGCCACAGCAAAGAGAUGAAUUCUGAGCACUUACCACGGGCACUUUAUGGACAUAAAAUACCUCUCGCUGUGGGACAGAUAACCAGGGCACCAGAGUAGUGGUGAAGAGAUGUGAGGCGUAGAGGAGUCACAGGCUUCAGAGUACAAGUUCCCUUUCUGCCUCCCAGCUGGACAAUACCUGAAGCCAAGGAGUUGAGCAAAGUCUCCUGAUCUACACCCUAUCCAUACCUCACCACCAGACCUCUUGGCUCCAGGCAAAAGCCUAGAGGAUGUGAGGAGGAAGGGAAAAGGCCCUUCAGCAAAAUUAUCACUUAAGUAGCGUCACCAGUUACGGGUCUGAUAUAAUACUGAUCUAAGGUAAAGCCCAAGCUGGAGAGCUCACCAGGAAGGCUUGUUCUUUCCCAGAGAAUGACUCUCCUGCCUGGCCCAGGCACUAGAAGGGGAAAAGGUAUGUGAUCAGCCUGGGAAGAUGAUGUUGGUGAACUUUAGCACCUUAUUCCCUUUCCCAUAGUGAGAAAGUAAGAUAAGGUGUUUCCGUAGAGGAAUGGGCAGGGGCUGUUAAGCUUUUCAACUCACCUCACAUAGAACAGCUCUGCUAACCCGGAGCCUCUCCUCUCUGGCCGUUCUUCAACCCUCCUUCUGCCCCAAUCUUGGAGAACAAGAUACACCUGACCACCUACGCCAUUCUCAAUAUUUCCCUGGUAGAGGUGAGGAACAGAGAAGUGAACAGAAAAUGCCUCCUUCAAGGUCAAAUGUCCAUGUCUCUUGAUCUUAGCAUGGAGUGGGAGCUGGCAUCAGAUGACUUCCUUCUCCAGAGUUGGGGCAUUAAACUUGGGGAACACUUAGAAUAUGCCCCUUUAAUAUCACCAAAUAAAGAUCUUUGGGGGGCGGGGUGGUCUUUCUCUCAUAAAUAUAAAUGAAUGAGUUGAAGUCUUAUUCCCCUGUUCCUCUCCACCCCCAAAGAGGCUUGGGGUCGCAGCCCAGAGACCCAGUGGGAACUAACACCUCCUCCCACCAUAUGAUGUGUGUGGACCUGGCCAGUGCCCCUCUGAACAUAUCACAAUUAGUGUAAUUAUUAUUUACUUUGUGUACCUGUUA